CUGGGGCUCUGAGGUUUCUAGUUAUGCCUCUGACCUUGAGCAAACUGUACAAGUCCCAGGAAAUCUCCUGUCCUGAUACAACAGCUGUGCAGCAUUGUAAAAUAUGACAAGUUUUACUGCUGGCCUGGCCCUACUGGUAAUGUUCAGCCAAAGCUUCCAGUCCAGCGACACUCACUGUCAGAGCCUGAAUGAAAUACAAUUAUUGCUCUUGCAGUCCUGCUGCCAGCCUAAGCUUGCCCUGCGCUGCAGCAUUUUGUAUUUGUGAAUCACACCACACGUUAUUUAGCUUCAAGUGAGUCAUAUGACAUUAAUUGGUCACAUGUAGAAAGAUGGCGCUGCACAGAGUAUGCGGUUUGAGCAUCCUGUCUGGUGUAAUGAAAAUGACAGGAAGCCUGCAAUCUAUACAGGCUGCUUCCAAGAUCCGAAUACAAACCUGCGCUCUUCGCUCUCAAAGCAUCAGACUUUCUUUCUUUAAACCAGGAGCAAGAUCUUACUUAGCUGCCAGUAGACUAGUUCGCUCUCAGAACCAGAGGAACUCUCCCAUUCCCUUGUUGGCAGUAGCCGCAUUUUCAUUUUUCUCUAAGCUCGUGGAUAAUGAACAAGAAGAGAAUACAGAGUCUGAAGAACAGAUAAUAUAUCUAUUAAAGAAAGCCAAGCUGAGCAUGAUGAAAGAUGAGAUGGAAGAGGCUGAAGUGAUUCUGCACCAAGCUCUCCAUAUGGCUCAGCAGGGGGAUAGCAGAAGGGCAAUAUUAUACACAAAUGACCUGAUGGCAAACCUUGCAUUGCUGCGAGGGCAGCUGGACAAGUCAGAAAAGCUGUUUAAGGCAACAAUGAGAUACAUGCUUGAAGAUGGCGUAAAACAGGAUGACAAUGCUUUCAUUGAGAUAUCACUCAAACUGGCCAGCAUCUAUGCUGCACAGAAACGGGAUGGGAUAGCUGUGGCAGGCUACCAAUUCUGCAUUAUGAGUCUGGAGGAAAAGAUAGAGAAGGAGAGAGAUCUGCCAGAUGACAUCUUGACAGCAGAGGACAAAUCCAAUACCCGUCUGCUUCUAGGAUUGUGCCUGGAUUCAUAUGGUCGUUACCUGCUGGACAAUUCACAUUUGUCCCUGGCACAAAACAUGUAUGAAAAAGCACUUAAGAUCUGCAGAGAAGAGCAAGGAGAGUUGCACCCACACACAUUGACACUGAUGAAUGAUCUAGCAACCGUUUUGGAUGCACAGGGCCAUCAUGAUAAGGCCUUUGCAAUUGUAAACCAAGCAUCAGAGCUAGCCCACAAGACUGAGCAUCCUGACCACCAUGUGCUGCUCAGCAAUAUGGCAGCAAUCCUCAUGUAUCAAGGGCCGGAGCACUUAGCCAAUGCUGAACAAAUCUUUAAGGAGGCCCUAAAGAAAGCAAAGGAAAAGAAAGAUGCUGCUUCUGUAGAGUAUAUCCAGAAAAGACUGUCUGAACUUGAACAAAGAAAAGAAGGCAGGUGACCUAACCCUACCCAGGAAAUUCAGUUGUUGGUGUAUAUAGAAAGUAUAUUUUUAGGAGACAUUUGGCUGCCAUUUGUUAUAAUGCAACACUUUCUAGUUCUUCUUCCUCAGUAGUGCAGUGAUACAAUAGGGACUAGUUAACAUUGUAUAGUCUAUGUGACCAGCUGCAAAAGAGUCUGUAAAACUGUAUCAAUUACUACAACGCAUAUCUAGAUUAUUUGAAUGUAAAUAUAUACAGGAAAAUAGACUUUUCACAGAAAGUGCUGCACCUUUCUAUAAUUGAGCUAAACUAUAUAAUAGGGACAUAAAAAAAAUAAAUAUAUAUAUAUUAUGUUCGGUAUUUUAAUUGUUUUUGUGAUCAUGUUACUGUCCUUAAUAAAAACAGGCUCCUUUGUUAGCCAAAGAGCAA